AUGGGCAAUCGUCAUGCCAAAGCAAGAAGUCAUCAGGGUUUUGAUGUGGAUCGGGAUGCCAAAAAGCUGAACAAAGCCUGCAAAGGAAUGGGAGCUGAUGAAGCAGCCAUCGUUGAGAUGUUAUCAAGCAGGACAUUGGAUGAGAGGCAACAAAUCAAGCAAAAGUACAAGGCAAUGUAUGGCAAGGACCUGGAGGAGGUGCUCAAGAGUGAACUGAGUGGGAACUUUGAGAAGACAGCCUUGGCCCUCCUGGACCACCCCAGCGAGUACGAUGCCCGGCAGCUGCAGAAGGCCAUGAAAGUUCUGGGCACAGAUGAGGCAGUGCUCAUCGAGGUCCUGUGCACAAGAACCAAGAAGGAGAUCAUAGCCAUUAAGGAAGCCUACCAAAGGUUAUCUGACAGGAGCCUUGAAUCAGAUGUCAAAGCUGAUACCAGUGGAAACCUAAAAAAAAUCCUGAUGUCCCUGCUACAGGCUAAUCGUGACGAAGGAGAUGACGUGGACAAAGAUCUAGCUGGUCAGGAUGCCAAAGAUCUGUAUGAUGCAGGGGAAGGCCGCAGGGGCACGUACAAGCUCGCCUUCAAUGAAGUCCUGGCCAAGAGAAGCCACAAGCAAUUACGUGCCACCUUUCAAGCCUACCAAAUUCUCAUCGACAAAGCCACUGAAGAGGCCACUGAAGCAGAAACAUCAGGAGAUCUGCAGAAGGCCUACUUAACUCUCGUGAGGUGCUCCCAGGACCAGGAGGGCUAUUUCGCUGACCGUCUGUACAAGCCCAUGAAGGGUGCAGGCACCGAUGAGGAGACACUCAUUCACAUCCUCAUGACUAAGGUGGACCUUCAAGGGAUAAAAGCAAAGUUCCAAGAGAAGUAUCAGAAGUCUCUCUCUGACAUGGUUUGCUCAGACACCUCUGGGGACUUCCAGAAGCUGCUGGUGGCCCUCUUGCACUGA